CUUCACUUAAAAGUCCCCGUCACUGUCAAGUGUCAAUUAAGAAUGAUGAUCGUCGUUGUCACGGACACUUUCCAUCUCUUGGGAGAAAAUAAACGUGGUCUCCAUCCUCUGCCUCCUCCUGGACCAAUAUUCCCCGUCUAAUCCUCCUUUACGGUGCCUAUUUACGGUCCCAUCCACUCGUCGAUCAAACAGCCAGCCACCAUGUGUCCCCAUCCCACCUACCAAACCUCACCACACUCCUCUAGAACCCAAACGGAGCUACUCCCCCUGCUGAAAUCCCACCUCCCUCACUCGCUGCCCCUGCUCCGUCGCAUCCAACACGAGAUCGCCCAUCCCUCCCCCACCGCCGCCAUCCUAACCACAUUCCCGGGCCCAGCAUCACUAGUAGUUCCAGAACUAGCUCCUGUUCCAGGUCCCCGGGUCCCCGACCAUGACGUCUCCCCCUGGCUAAUAGCCUACGUCGAUCUGUCGGCGGGCCGCGAGACCCAAAUCGUGCUAUAUUCGAAUCUGGAGCGCGCCUCAUUCCAUACCAACACCAACACCAACACCAAAAAUUCCCCAGCCAACUCCACACCCAUACCCAUUCCCAUAUCCACCCUCUCCCAAUCCACAUCCCCAUCCAAGGAUCUCCUCCUCCCACUCCGCACCCAAUUCCUCUCCCUCCUAAAAUACAUCAAAACCCACCUCCUCCCACCCUACCUCUCCACCAUACCCUCUCCCCCCGCAAAAGAUGACCACCAACUGGCUCCCCCUCCCCCGACGGCAUUCCUAAUCGGGAAUCUGCACACGGGAAUAUUCUCCUCCCUCCUUAACCCCGGAACCAACUAUCCCGACGCAGACCUACAAACCGGGUUCGUGGACGGCGUCAAGGUCCAUCGAUAUGAUCGUGCCCCGUACGUCAAGUACAUAAUUCCCCGGGAGAGGAUAUCUGCAAAGGGUACCGGCGAGGAGAUGAACGGCUUCCACUUCGGAACCGGAAAUGUAAAGCGCAGCGAUCUAGGUCUAGUGCGGGCUAGAACAGUGAUACCUAGAUCGGAAGAGACGUUGGCAAAGUUGAGGAGUUGUGCUGUUUAUCGCAACCUCCCCCUCAAUCCUGAUGAGGAAGACAAGCCAGUCGCAUGGGCCUUCCUAGGCACUGAUGGAAGUCUAGCCACGUUACAUGUAGAAGAGGAAGUGAGGGGGUUGGGGCUGGCGGGGUUCGUGGGGAGAGAGGUCAUGAGGAGGGGAUUGAAGGACGAAGAUGAAGAUGAAGGCUGGGUACAUGCUAAUGUGGCGAUGGAGAAUCGGGCGAGUCGGAGAGUCAUGGAGAAGUUGGGGGGUGAGGUGGGGUGGACGGUUACUUGGACGGUUUUGGAGGUUUGA